ACGUUUGGAAAUUUCCUGGGAAAUUCCUGUAGCUCCUUCAGAUCUAAAACUUUAGCCCCUCUAGGAUUUCGCAAUGUUGCGGUCGCAGCUAUUAAUGCAAAUUCAAGAAGAGCCGAGAUUUUUUCCUCACCAUGCAACUUUACAUUUUCAUCGCAACUUUACUGCAACUUUGACCGAUCUACCGUAACAACAGUUAUGGUGACGACGCAGCUUCACGGCUGUUUCUCUCCUCAGUCAGGCUCUUUUUUAUUUACUCUCUUUAGUCUUUUUUCCCUUCAAGCUGCACAUGAACGGUCAUUUGUGCGGAGUGCGAGCGCGGGUGAAUGCGUGCGCAGCGACUGGGUGGGAUUGCGCUGAGCGGGUGUGAAGAGGUCCGUCACAUGGAGCACAACAUGAACCGAGUAUGAAGGAUUUAUGAUCAUUUCAUUGAAUUGUAUUGAAUCAUUUCUGUUAGUAGGAAAACAGACAGUUUGAUGUAAGGGGCAAAAAGAAAACAGACUUGGCCUUAACAUUCAUUCAUUGUGUGGAAAAAAUAAAAUUGAAAUUGUGACUUUAAAACUGAAUCAAAUUGAAUCUUUGCUUGACUGAACCGUCACAUCCAUACUUCAAAGUAAUAUCAGUAAGAUAAGAAACAGAAGAAAUGAAGAACUCCAGGCAGCAGCUGAAAACCCACAGGCUUAAUAUCAACAAGACUUUUUCCUUUUCUUCUACGUCAUUCUCUUAUGCAUAACAGCACUGAUCUAAAAGAGCAAAACCAACCUAAACUGGAGAACAGUGCAUGCAGAGCAGCCGUGGACCCCAGCACAGAACAGAACCGUACAACACAGUGAGCUGAGUUUCCUUUGCACAGAGGUAGAACAACAACUCAGAGAUCUGGCAACAGAUUGGUGAUUGGUUGACUCUGGCACCAUGAAGCGCCGCCUCACACAUCUGGAGGUCCUCCUCACCGUCACCACUUCACUUUUUGCCGUCUGCUGCGUCUGUCUGAUCGUGGUUUCCUGCAUAGACCUGAAGCCUGAAGGGGCAGUAGAGCCUGUGCAGCUGACGGGUCAGAUGGUCAUCACAGCAGGGGCGGAGUUCUCAGAGGAGCUGAGGAACGCCAGCAACCCAGUCUUCAAGUCACUGGCCUUUGAUGUGCAGCAACUGGUGUCGGAUGCAUUUGGUGCCAGUGAGCUGCGACUGCUCUACAGAUCCUGUCGAGUUCUCUAUUUCAGGCCUGGCAGCAUUGUGGCGACCUUUGACCUGGAGUUCAGUCAGCUGAUCAAUCUGAAUGAUGUGAAGCAGCAGCUGGGGGUGGGUCUUCAGCAGGUGGAGGGUGGGGCUUUGGUGAUCGAUGCAGACAGCAUUCAAAUCACAGAGAAGACAAGUUACACAACACCUGAGGCCACACCCACAACACGUCACACAACACCUGCAGCCCCGCCCACAGAAGCUUCCUGUCCUCCUGGCCACAGUCUGUGUUCGGACGGGUCCGUGUGCGUUCUGACCGAUGUGCUCUGUGAUGGAGUCAGCGACUGCCCUGAUGGGUCUGAUGAAAGCUCUUCUCGCUGUGCAACGACGUGCGAUGGACAGUUCGUGCUGGGAGGAUCAAACGGAACGUUUAAGUCAUCUGAGACGGAAACGUACAGAAACAACAGCAACUGCCGCUGGAUCAUUAGGACGGAUGGAGGACUCUCUGUCCUGGUCAGCUUCCACCACUUUGAGACUGAAGAGUACAGUGAUGUGCUUAAACUUUACGAAGGAGUUGGACCACACAAGGUGCUCACAGCGGAGCUCUCAGGCCCCUUUCCUCCUGGGACUGUGUUGCUGCUGAACAGCCAGGUGACUGUAGAGUUCACCUCUGACGGCGUCAACAAUCUGUCUGGGUUCAAAGCCUCCUACGUGGCAGUAAACACCUCCAGACUGACCAACCAGGAGAAGCUCAGUUGCAACUUUGAGCAGGGUUUCUGUUUCUGGAGGCAGACACAAGAGAAUUUAGAUACCUGGAUUCGAACCAACGUCCCCACUUUUCCGCCGUUAACUGGACCAAACUUUGACCAUACGUUUGGGAACAGUUCAGGCUUCUACAUUGUUACCUCCAUGAGCCCUGGCCAGUGGCUGAAGAGCUUCAUGAUCAACAGCCUCCCUCUGGCUCCAUCUUCACACCCCAUGUGCUUGAGUUUCUGGUACCACAUGUUCGGAGAGGAUGUUUACCGCCUCAGAGUCCUCCUGCGUGCUUCUCAACCAGAGUCGACUGAAGUUGUACUGUUCCACAAAGAAGGGAACUUUGGAGACAACUGGAACUAUGGACAGAUCACCCUCAACCUGACGACAGAGACGACGGUGGUGUUUGAAGCCCAGAAAAAGGGUGGUAUGCAAAACGACAUUGCUCUUGAUGACAUCUCCCUGACAUCUGAGGCCUGUGGACCCGCCCCACCUGAACCAACAAAUGUACCUCUUCCAACAACCGCCGCCCCCAUACCAACUGACUGUGGAGGGCCUUUCGACCUCUGGGAGCCUAACUCAACAUUUGCCUCUCCAAAUUACCCACAGUCCUAUGGGGAUGGGGCUGAGUGUCUGUGGACCCUGCAUGCUAAGGAGGGUCAAAACAUUCAGCUGCACUUCCUGGACUUUGAUGUUGAGGCAACCUAUGAUGUGGUGGAGGUGCGAGAUGGGGCGGGGCCUAACUCCACUUUACUGGCUGUGCUCAGUGGCAGUGAUGGCCCUGCACAUGACCUUUACUCAACAGCCAAUCAGAUGACAGUGUGGUUCUACACGGACAGCGGGGGAUCGGGCCGAGGUUUCAGAGCCAACUUCACCAGUGGGAUGAACCUGGGGUCUCAAGCUCCAUGUGCAAUUGGUCAGUUCCAGUGUCAGACAGGGGCCUGUAUCCAUGGUGACCGUCAGUGUGACGGUGUGGCAGAUUGUCCUGAUGGCUACGAUGAGGCUGACUGUGUUGUGUUGCAGGUAAAUGGUUCUCACCGACUCCACUUCCGGCUUCUCCACUCUCUGCUGACUGUUUGUGGGGACACCUGGCAUCCUCGGCUGUCUGACUUCAUCUGUCAGUACCUGGGAUACAGGUCUGGAGAGGAGUCGCUGCUGCCAGUUCUCCCUCAAGAUUCAGCGUUUGCAGUCGUCACAGUGAGCAGUAAUGGAACUCUGGAAACCCAAAUCAAUGAAACUUGCAGCAGUGGAGAAGUGGUUUCCCUGAACUGCAGCAACCAGCCAUGUGGGCAACGACAGGUUUAUAACCAUGGUGACCAAUCCGAGAACAGCAAAGCAUAUGAUGGUGUGCCUAGAGUAGUGGGUGGGGCCAAUGCUGAAAAGGGGGCGUGGCCAUGGAUGGUGUCUCUACACUGGAGGGGACGUCAUGCCUGUGGCGCCUCGCUGAUCAGCAGAGACUGGCUGCUGACUGCUGCACACUGUGUCUAUGGAAAGAACACUCACCUGCAGUACUGGUCAGCUGUUCUUGGCCUUCACGCUCAGAGCGCCAUGAACUCACAGGAAGUUCAGAUCCGGCAGGUGGAUCGCAUUAUCAUCAACAAGAAGUACGACAGAAGAACCAAAGAGGCAGACAUCGCCAUGAUGCACCUGCAGCAGCCGGUCAACUUCACCGAGUGGGUUGUGCCUGUGUGUUUGGCAGCUGAAGGUCAACAUUUUCCAGCUGGAAGAAGAUGUUUUAUUGCAGGGUGGGGUCGAGACGCUGAAGCAGGAUCUCUACCCGACGUCCUACAGGAGGCUGAGGUUCCCCUGGUGGACCAGGAGGAGUGCCAGCGCCUCUUACCGGAGUACACCUUCACCUCUAGCAUGCUAUGUGCUGGAUAUCCUGAAGGCGGAGUUGACUCCUGUCAGGGUGACUCCGGAGGACCUCUGAUGUGUUUAGAAGAUGCACGGUGGACUCUGAUUGGUGUGACAUCGUUUGGCGUCGGCUGCGGACGUCCGGAGAGGCCUGGAGCUUAUGCUCGAGUGUCUGCUUUUGCCUCAUGGAUUGCUGAGACCAGACGCUCCUCUUUCUCUGAUCUGGAAUGAAUUCUGCUUGAUCACCUGCAGACCCAAACACCCACCUUUACAGUUUGACACAAACCUGGAAAUAUCAGCCUUACUCAAAAGAACUGUAGAGGCUGGUGGUAAAACCACACUCAAUAUCUUAUUAGCAGUCUGAUUCAAAAGUUUGUCUGAUGUUCAUUAUUUUACUUUCUAUUAAUGAUUAUAUUGUUUUUGUCACACUGUUUUAAUUUUAUUGGAGCUUAAAUUUGUGUAUUAUUGGGGGGGUGUUUCUUGACUAACAAGAAGAUGAACUCAGUAAAGGAGUCUGUCUCACUUUAUGUCA